ACAAAAAAAACACAUUACUACCGCCUUGAAGUUCUACAAGAACCCAUUCCCUCCUUUCACCGCCUCAAUUUCUUCUUAACUCUCUCUCUCUCUCUCUCUCUCUCUCUCUCUCCAUUCAUACACACACAUUUGUCACAAAAAACACAAUAAUUCAGUGUUUUCAAACUGGCGUUCGAGAAUCAAGACACUGUCCGUGAAAUUAAGCCCAAAAACAGGAGAAUCAUGGGUGCUGGAGGACCUGAUGAUGAGGAAAAUAGGUGGCCACCAUGGUUGAAACCUCUGCUCAAAGAGCGUUUCUUUGUUCAAUGCAAGUUGCACGCAGAUUCACACAAGAGUGAGUGUAACAUGUAUUGUUUGGAUUGUAUGAAUGGUGCUCUUUGCUCUCUCUGUCUCAAUUACCACAAAGAUCAUCGUGCUAUUCAGAUAAGGAGGUCUUCAUACCAUGAUGUGAUUAGGGUGAACGAGAUUCAGAAAGUGUUGGACAUAUCAGGGGUUCAAACCUAUAUUAUCAACAGUGCAAGGGUUGUUUUCUUGAAUGAGCGACCUCAACCAAGGCCUGGAAAAGGUGUCACCAACACUUGUGAAGUCUGUGAGCGUAGCCUUCUCGAUUCAUUUCGAUUCUGUUCUCUUGGUUGCAAGAUUGUUGGAACUUCCAAGAAUUUCCAGAAGAAGAACAAGUCAACAACAAUGGUAUCAGACUCAGAGGAUUCAUACAGCAGCAGUUGCAGCCAUGGAAGACUGAAGAACAUUAAGGUGCAGAGUUUCACUCCUUCUACACCACCACCAACUUCAGUUAAUUACAGAACAGCCAAGAGAAGAAAGGGAAUUCCACAUCGUGCCCCUAUGGGAGGACUAGUCUUGCAAUACUAGGAAACAGUUAAUAAGUUUAGGUUAUUGCUAUAAUGCCCUUAUUAUAGAUACCAAAAAAAAGUUGCUAGUGUCUAUGUCGGGUUGAAUGCUCCUUAGUGACUAAAAAUUUCAAUAGAAGAGAAAAAAUUUAUAGGAUAAAAUAUUAUUUUAUUCUAAUUUUUUUUCUUUUAUUAAUUUUUUUAUUUAUUAGAGAGAAUUUCAACUCGUCUGUCUCUAAUGCUGCUGCAUCAAUUUCAACACUCGAGCUUUUUGGUGAAAGAGGCCGGUGCUGGAAGUGUUGUUGUAUGCUUUGAUCCAUAGUGUUUGUUUGUGUAUAUAAGAAAAAUCCAAUAGGAGUGGAAAAGGUUAAAAAAGUAGAAAAUAAAACAUGUGUGAAGUAUAGUUUGAUAAAAAAGGAAUGGUGUAGGAAAAUAAGCACAGUUCCUUUAGAGACCAAAAUUAAAGAUUGUGAUCACAACAGUAUAGGUUGGUUUUCUAGAGUAAUUGUAUGUAAGUUUUGGGGGUGUAAAUAGUGGAUUUAGUGAAAAAGCUAGGUGGGGAAUGUGACAAUGACAGUGUACUCUUUACAAAUAUAUAUAUAAUAUGAAAUUGUGAAAUAUAAUGAUGAUAAAUCUUAUAAAA